GCAAAUUAUGUUUGUCGCGUGUGUAAUCAGCCGGGGCAUUUGAAGAAGAUGUGUCCUAGGUUACAGAUGAGCGUUAGUACACACAAGAAUGACAUACAAGGCGAAGCAAACAGCGAUUUCAGCGAUGAGAUACCGUGAAGUAUUUGCGGAGGGGCUCGGGCGGUACACGGGUGGCGAGGUGAGUCUGCGGGUGCGCGAGGGCGCGAGGCCCGUGUUCCUGCGCGCGCGACCGCUGGCGUACGCGCUGCGCGAGCCGGUGGAGCGCGCGCUGGAUCAGCUGGAGCGCGACGGCGUCAUCACGCCGGUAGACUCGUCGGACUGGGCCACACCGAUCGUACCCGUCGUCAAGACGGACGGAACCAUUAGGGUAUGUGGAGAUUUUAAGUCUACGCUUAAUAAAUGCCUGGAGGUAGAUCGUUUUCCAUUACCUAGAGUAGAGGAUUUGUUAACCAAGCUAAAUGGAGGGGAAAAGUUUACCAAAAUUGACUUGUCCCAGGCAUAUGCCCAGUUUGUCCUGGAUGAGCGCUCUAGACCUUAUACAGUUAUCAACACACACCGAGGGUUGUAUAGGUAUAAUAGGUUAAUUUACGGGUUGUCCUCGAGUCCUGGCAUUUUCCAGCGAAAACUGGAACAGAUGUUUGCCGAUCUUCCCAGAGUAGGAGUGUUCUUAGAUGACGUUAUUUUGACGGGAACGAACGACCAAGAGCACAUAGAAACAUUGCAUAAAGUGCUAGAUAGGUUGCAGAAGUUUGGCUUAAAAAUUAAAAAAGAAAAAUGCAAAUUUUUCGCCACGUCGGUCACUUAUUUAGGUUAUGUAGUGGAUAAAGAGGGCAUCCAUACAAAUCCGGACAAAAUAAAAGCUAUCGAGCAGGUACCUACUCCUACUGGCGCAACAGAGUUGCGAGCGUUUUUAGGUAUGGUCAUGUAUUACGCGAAAUUCGUUAAAAAUAUAAGUUCCACGUUGGCACCUCUGUAUGCGUUACUAAGAAAGGGAGUAAAAUUUGAGUGGUCCGAACAAUGCAGGGAAGCAUUUUGCGAGGUAAAAAAAUUAUUGGCAAGUAGUACCGUAUUAGUGCACUAUUCCCCGGGGUUACCGGUGGUACUAACCACGGAUGCGAGUAGCGUGGGGGUAGCCGGGGUCAUUUCCCAUUUGAUGCCAGACGGAAAGGAAAGACCAAUUGCAUACGCUUCGCGGUCAGGGUGGCCCUCUCACAACUCGCACGCCGAUCUACAACCCUAUUUCAUAAGGAAGAACGAGUUAUACUUAGACUCUGGUUGCGUUAUGUGGGGUUAUAGGAUUAUUAUUCCGCCGGGACUUAGGGAACAAAUCCUUCAGGAACUACAUGUAGGACACCUAGGAAUAGUAAAAAUGAAGGCCGUUGCCCGAAGCUACGUGUGGUGGCCCGGUAUUGAUGCCGACAUCGAGGCGUGCUGUGCGGGUUGUCACACGUGCGCAGUGGAGGCACCGGCGCCGCCGCGCGCGCCGGUUAAGCCGUGGGAGUACCCCGGGGAGGUAGUUUCGGACAACGGGCCUCCAUUUACUAGCAGGGAGGUGGAUACCUUCAUGCGAUAUUAUGGUAUUACUCAUACUUUUACACCCGCAUACCACCCGGCAUCAAAUGGGGCCGCCGAGACAGCUGUUAAGUUGUGCAAAAGGGCGCUCAAAAAGGCAGUUAGAGAUCAAGUAGACGUGGAAGAGGCUCUUCAGGAAUAUUUGAUGGCGUAUAGGAAUACUCCCCACAGCACCACAGGACAAACACCGGCCAUGCUUCUCCAAAGGCGGGCAUUGCGUUGCCGUCUGGACAUGUUACGGCCUGGUCGCGGGCUCGAGCAGCGUGUGGAGGCGGCACAAGAAAGGCAGGUGCAGCAGGCGGGGGGUACAGAUAGGGCGUUCCGGAUAGGAGACCUUGUGUGGUUUAGGGAUUACAGCUCGGGGGAGAAAUGGCUUAAAGGGAAGGUGGAUAGCUUGAUAGGUUCUAGGACUGUGUUAGUGGUAAAGGAAAACGAUUUAUCAACUAGGUUUAAGAGGCAUGUAGAUCAAGUUAGAGCGCGAUCACCAGUUUCCGCGUUGGCGUGGCCUGGUCCGAUGGAUCAUCCUGGAAUCACCCAACUACCACCGAUGCCACCCGUGCCGUCGUCAGUGCAGAGGCCUCGUCGGAAUGUACCGCCGGUUGAUCACUAUGGUGAUCCUCUUUUAUAUUAG